AUGGAGCCACAAUUUUUUAAGGAGUCUGUGAAAAAUGCAGGGUGGCGUAGUUCUAUGCAAAUGGAGGUUCGAGCUUUAAAGGCUAAUGGCACAUGGAUGAUAAAGUCUUUUCCUCCUAGAAAUAAAACUCUAGGUAGCAAAUGGGUGUAUAAGAUCAAAUACAACUCCGACGGUACCAUUGAAAGAUUGAAGGCCCAUUUAGUUGUCCUCAACAAUCAUCAGAUUGAAGGAAUUGAUUAUAAUGAGACUUUUGUUCUAGUGGAAAAUAUGGUGACUAUUCGAACCUUAUUGGCCAUCGUUGCAUCAAAGAUAAGGUGCUUCAUCAAAUGGAUGUUCAUUAUGCCUUUCUGUGCGGUGGUCUUGAUGAGGAGGGCAACUGAAGAAGACGAUGCUUAG